CAUACGACCGAGGUGGAACGAGGUUGAAGGUUCGAGGAGGUUAUGAAGUGAAAGAGAAUGGAGGCUGACGGUAGUUCUGUGCGUUUCGUGUGGUGAUAAGGUAUUCAUUAAACUGUGCGAUAUGGUUAUUUUAAUUCGGUGAGGUUAAAUCAUUCUGUAUCUGUAACACAUUUCGCAUGAAUCAUGAACUGUCAAGUGGACAAGAAUUCGAGUAACUCGUCUUCAAAAGCAAAGGAUGAGCGAGCGCUGCAGUGCUGCGCGUCCACAUUCAACCCGCUGCGAGGCCCGCCCGUGCCCACACGAAAAGAAGGAAAAGAAGCAGUUGUAAUAGGAGAGGGAGAAGAAGAAGAAGAAGUAGUAGAAGAAGGAAGAAGUUAUUGUAAUAAAACUAUAUUUUUUGGGGUUACGGAAGUAUCAUAUUUUGUUAUUAAUAAAUCAGUGGAGCCUGUUGGGGUGACGAUGCGGGAGAAGAAGGGCAGCGGCGCGCUCAGCCGCGUGCAGAAGCUAAAGAAGCGCCUGAGCCACAGCUUCGGACGCCUCUCCAUCUCCAAAGAGGAGGGCGAGGAGGGGUCGCGGGUGGCCAAGCUGCCCUACAGCGUCUACUCGGAGGAGUUCCUGGACCGACUGGAGCCUAAUGGCAACAUCCCUGCCGACAAAGAUCGGCGGUUCAGCCGCUCGGAGUGGGACGGGCCGGGCGAGCAUGAGCGCGUGCGGCGCCAGCUGUCGGUGUCGAGCGACUCGAAGCUGCUGGACGAGGACAUCCGCGAGGAGGCGCGCGUCAUCCUGCGGCCCAAGAAGCCCCCGCGGCCCAAGUCCGAGGUCUACCUCAACAAGGAGCAGCAGCAGCGACGCACCAAGCGCUACUCCGCCUUCGGGGAGAUAAGACUGCAGGAGGAGGAGGGCGCCCCGUUCACCGCCAUCCGCGAGGCUUCGCUGCUCAAGGAGCUGAAGCACUCGAACAUCGUGACGCUGCACGACAUCGUGCACACGCGCGAGACGCUCACCUUCGUCUUCGAGUACGUGCACACGGACCUGUCGCAGUACAUGGAGAAGCACGGCGGCGGCCUGGACCAGCGCAACGUGCGCCUCUUCCUCUUCCAGCUGCUGCGCGGCCUGGCCUACUGCCACCGCCGCCGCGUGCUGCACCGCGACCUGAAUCCCGAUGAUCGAAUAGGUGCUGAAGAGGCUCUGAGACAUCGGUAUUUUGCUCCUCUUCCCAGAAAAUUAUAUGAACUGCCUGAUGAGACUUCUAUCUUCAGUGUUGAAGGUGUUCACUUGUUUCCUGAAAACAGAAUUGCAGCAACGAAAACCUGAGAAUUAAUGCAUGAACCAUCAUCUUGGCCUCCAACAUGCGACAGUGGAAACUCCUGCUGCAAUUGAAACUUGCAGCUUGUACUUCUUAAUUUUUGUUGAGAGAUCUGCAGAUAUUUGUUUUCACAUUUUGUUGAAGUGAUGAUUCUCUGGUUCAGUGGAAGCAGCUCAGGGACAGUUUGUGUGUGUGUUUGAAACUGGUUGCGCACUUAUCAAGAUCUGUGAAUUAUUUGCUCAUCUCUUGGUUGCAGUGCCAAAUGCCAAACAACCAACAGUUUUGUGUUUCUGAAGAAUUUACAGUGAAGUUGGAUCAGAAUCCACUAAUUGACAUAAGAAAUGUACAUGAUAAAUAUUUUAAGAAAUGCACUUAUUUGAAGAGUUUCCAAGUUGCUUACGCUAGUCUCUAUAGGUCAGAGAUGUACUUUAUGCUGUGCCAGCUCUGCUAAUAGCCCCAGGUUGGCAGUCUGAUUUGAAGACAAACCAACAAAUUUUUGAAUUAGCAAAUACUGUGUGAUUAUGCUGGUAGUUGAGGAAGAGUAAUAAUUUUAACCAAAAUAAAAUAUUUAGCAGUGCAUUAGAGAAAAUAAUUUAAUAAAGGCUUUCAUCAACAAGAAGUUAUCACCAGUUGCCAUCAACUUUGCACAACUCAGCACGUUCAUUCCUUCCAGAGUGCUCAAUUAAUUACUCAUUAAUGCUGCAUUAGUAAACUGACUUUUUUUGUCAGUCAUGUUGUUAAUCUGAAGUUGUCUCUCUAGGUCUCUUUAAAUAUUUUUUUAAUGUUAACUUCAGCUGUUUAACUUUUUUUACAAGGCAGUUAUAUACAUAGUGGCAAUGUUAAGCAUUAUUCUUAAAUGUAUGCUCCUCUGAUAGGAUGUCAAUAUGUUUUUUUAAGAUGGUGUAUUUAAUGGUAUGAAUUCAUCUGGUGGUAUAUGGAUGAAAACAUUGAUGUUCCUGUUUUGAUUUUGUUAUGACUGUUAAGACAAGGGGCCAUGAGUGGAGAGUUUUCCAGUUUGUCACGAAGCUUUGCAGGCUGGAAACUUCACAAAACGCAGUGUGCUUUUUUCACAAUGAAGGUGAAGUUGAAGAGAAGUGUAUAGCUUCUCCUUAAACUAUCAUACAAAUUCGUAAGAAACAGGGUGUCAAUAAUGAAAAUAUUUUAAUGAUUUGUGUACUUUUUUGUGAAGCCUAUAUCUCUACGUUGGAAUUUUUAUUUCUUUUAUUCCUAGCAGCCUCGAAGUUGCAAUAUUUGAAUCGUAACAUCAUUUCUCCUUGGGUUUCUCUUCCUCUGAUGUGCCAAAUGUUUUGUUUAUUAGCAGCACUGCAUUUGAACUGUGAUUUUCAGUGCUUUAGUGAUGGUGCAUGACAAUCUCCCUCUCUUAAGAUGAAACUGAUAACUAUUAUCUCGGUACACUGGUUUUGGCUUUAUUUAAAAUCCCUUAUAGAGAAACAGGUAGUCAGUUCCCUGAUUUUAAAGUUAGGCUUAUUCUGAAGGAAACAUUGUUUCCGCACGUAUCCCUCGUGCACCGGCCCCAUCCCAAAGUUUCGUCCAAAACUACUUUGUAGGGAAGAAUCAAAUCAAAAUAACACAGUUGUUCCAGAAACAUGCAGCUGCUUAGAAUAAGCAGUGUAGUCUCCUGUUUGUAAGAACAUGCAGGAAUCACUCUCAAUAUUUGUAUGAAUUUUCUGCACUUUAGAAUAUACAUUGUAAUUGAUAACAUUGUUCUUAUCAAUUAAAAUGUGAUAUAAUUUAAUUGUAAAUAGCUAAUGGUUGUUUAUAUUGCUGAAAACAAGAUUGAAUAAUUAAUAAAUGUCUCUUUGUAAUAUCUACAAAUGUAAUUUUUAUUUAGUCUUCCUUCCAGCGAAGGGCCGGAUUCAACCCUGUG